CUACUUGACACAAGCAGUGCUGUCUUAGUUUGAUGCCAUGGUAAGACAGUAAUCAUUACACAGAGCAAAUACAGCGGAGAAUACACAAAGCCAAAGUUCAUCUGCUUUGCUCAGUUUUAUGUGGGACAUCUCCCUCUGUCCAGACAGCACAGAGAGUUACUGUGAGCUGCUACCAGAAGAAGUUCAUCAUGAUGCGUGCAGCCUUGUGUAUCGGGAUCUUAUCAGCACUGGUCUGCGUGGGAAGAAGCGAUCGCCAUGAUACUGACGAAGAUCAUACACACCAAGCCACUGCUCUCAACAGCCUCUCGCUGGUGUCCUCAGCAAACAAAGAGUUUACCUACCAUCUGUACAGGAAGCUGGCUGCUCACACCGACUCCCAAGGCAAGAACAUCUUCUUCUCGCCAAAGAGUGUGUCUGUGGCACUGGCGGCCUUGUCUGUAGGAGCGCGGGGGGAGACCCAUCAGCAGCUUUUCAGCGGUCUGGGUUUCAACAGCUCCGAGCUGACACAGGCAAAUGUGGAUGAGGCAUUCCACGCACUCCUGGACCGGGCAAACAAGAUGUCUCAAAAAGACACCAACGAAGGCACUGCUUUGUUUGUGGAUCACGACUUCACACCACAUCCGGAAUUCCUGGAUGUUUUGAACAAGUCCUACUUCACAGAAGGGUUUAAUGUUAACUUUACCAACACCGUAGAAAGUAGCAAUACCAUCAACCGCUAUGUGGCCGAGAAGACUAACGGGAAGAUAGACAACCUGGUGGACAACCUGAAUGCAGACACAAUCAUGUUUCUCAUCAGUUACAUCUACUUUAAAGGAAACUGGGAUACUUCAUUUAAUCCUGAGCUGACCAAGAAGGAUGAGUUCAUGGUGGAUGAGAAUACCAAGGUUCCAGUUGAGAUGAUGAAUAUGAAGGAGGACGUAGACAUCUAUCACGACCAAAACAUCAACACAACAGUCCUCCACCUUCCCUUCAACAGCUCCUCCUCCAUGCUGCUGCUGUUGCCUGACGAUAUGGCAACACUGGAGAAGGCCAUCUGCCCAGGAUUUGUCACCAAAUGGCUGAAGUGGAUGAAGUCCAGGAGAUAUAACAUACAUGUUCCAAAGUUCUCCAUCAAGACUUCCUACAUGCUGAAUGACGUGUUGAUUGAAAUGGGAAUGACGGACAUGUUCAAUGAACGUGCAGACCUGAGUGGCAUCGCAGUGGGGAAAAAACUGGUAGUAUCAGAGGUUGUGCACAAAGCCACCCUGGAUGUGGACGAAGUCGGAGCCACUGCUACCGCUGCUACAGGCAUCAAAAUAAUGCCCAUGUCUUUCCACCACACCCCUAUCCUGAUGUUCAAUCGUCCGUUUAUGGUUGUCAUCACUGACCGUGUCACAGAAGACACCCUCUUCGUUGGCAAGAUUAUCAACCCAAACAUAUGAUGAAGAUGAAACACUUGUGUUCACUCAAGCACUGCUGCUGCAUCAUGUAUAAAACAAACAGAUAAAAACUUCAA